AGUCACGUGGUGUGUCACAUGGUGUGCCGACAUCACCCAGGUCCGACUACUGGAUAGGAACUAGAACAGUGACAGGUCAGGUGCGGAGUCCAUCUACCUUGCAGCAUGCAUAGAGUACGGGUUGUGCUGGGACAUCUCCCCGGGACCCAUAAGGGGAUUCGGGCCGAAACCACCUCAGCCACAUCCGACCGGUCUCAGGACAUCGUGGUUGUGCAUGGCCGGAGGACUCCAAUCUGCAAAGCCAAGAGAGGGGGCUUCAAGGAAACCACCCCCGAUGAGCUCCUGUCUUCUGUCAUGUCUGCCGUUCUCAAGGAUGUCAAUCUGAGGCCAGAGCUAAUAGGGGAUAUCUGUGUAGGAAAUGUGCUACAGCCUGGAGGAGGCGCUCUUGUUGCCAGAAUUGCGCAGUUUCUCAGUGGGAUCCCAGAGACUGUACCCCUAUCUGCUGUGAACAGGCAGUGCUCAUCUGGCCUGCAAGCCAUCAUCAACAUAGCUGGUGGAAUCAGAAAUGGUUCAUAUGAUAUUGGAUUGGCAUGUGGGAUGGAAUCCAUGAGCCUCAGAAGUGUGGGAAAUCCUGGAGACAUUAGUCCUCGUACUGUGGAUGACAGUAAAGCCAGGGACUGUUUGAUCCCCAUGGGGAUUACUUCAGAGAACGUGGCUGAGCGGUUUGGGGUCACGAGACAGAAACAAGACGCAUUUUCUUUGGCAUCUCAACAAAGGGCUGCAGCUGCUCAAAGAUCUGGCAAAUUCAAGGCUGAAAUUGUUCCUGUGACCUCCACAUUCACCGAUGAUCAGGGCAACACAACCACUAUAACUGUAACUGAGGAUGAGGGGAUAAGAGCAAAUACAACUAUGGAGGGGCUUGCCAAGCUCAGACCAGCAUUUAAGGAUGACGGGACUACAACUGCUGGAAAUUCCAGCCAAGUCAGUGAUGGAGCUGCUGCUGUAUUAUUAGCCAAACGCUCAGCUGCUGUCCAGCUGGGUCUUCCCAUAAUGGGAGUAUUAAAGUCCUUUGCAGUAGUUGGGGUUCCACCUGAUGUUAUGGGGAUAGGACCUGCAUAUGCCAUACCAGUGGCAUUAGAGAAGGCAGGUCUUACCAUUCAUGAUAUAGAUGUUUAUGAAAUUAAUGAAGCCUUUGCAAGCCAGGCUGUAUAUUGUGUGGAGAAAUUAGGAAUCCCAUUGGAGAAAGUUAACCCCAAUGGAGGAGCCAUUGCACUUGGACAUCCCUUGGGCUGUACAGGGACCCGCCAGACAGUCACUUUACUCAAUGAGUUGAAGCGGAGGGGUAAACGGGGUUAUGGUGUUGUGUCCAUGUGUAUUGGAACAGGGAUGGGGGCAGCUGCGGUGUUUGAAUACCCUGGAAACUGAAAGCCUCCAAUAAUCCAAGUCUUGUCUGGCCAAAACAACUUGUCCUCCAUACUUUUAAUAUGAAUCCCGGUUCAGUUCUAUGAAUUCUUUCUUAUAAGUAACACAUAUGCAUUAAUUUUGGGAUCUUUCCUAAGAAAGCUGCUAUCAAUUUGAAAACUGCACCAACCUGCACAUGUGGAUUGAGCUGUACUGCGAUCAGAACAUGCGCAUGCGGCCCGAAUGGCACUGGAUCUCAACUACUCCAUAUGAACUGAGCUCUAACGUCACUCUCAUGUAUAAAAUAGUGAUUAUACCCAGAAGGGCUACAUAGUCUGUAUAUUCCCUGUAAAUGAUAUUUUGGCCAUAAUUCUAAUUACUUGGUGCUAUAGCACUUCAGUAGAUCAGUCAGUACUUCCAUGUGCGUAUACAUAGCUGGGGAUUGUGGUUGUUGCUGCUGACAGGGAUCUUUCUAAUGGGUCUUAGUUGUCAAGUUUUAUACUGAUCUGAAAACCUAAUUCGCCUAAUUUACUGCACUUUUUAAUGGUUGACUAUUCUGCAAAUGGUUAAUAAACGUCAUGCUUACUUG